AGUUGAGACGGAUAGAAAAAUUCUAACGACUUGAGAGAGUCAUCUGCUGGGAGUGAGGAGUGAAGAUCGUGGCGAGAGAAGAACUUGCCUUACUGAAUUUUUGGUUUCCGAAAAAAUAAAGAGAUUGAUCAUAGAUUCGAAUCAAGAUGGCGACUCCACCGAUAAAUACAAAUUCUCAGGUGUCUGUGUAUCUAUAUUAUCAAGACGUCAUGGAUGGUGUAAUCCGCGAUCUUUUUGAUCAAGGGGUAGAUCAAAGCGUCCUUGUCGAGUUGAAAGCCCAAUGGCGAAAAAAUUUAGCUGAAAUGGGAACUGUGACGGAUUUCAAGGACAACAGGGUCAUAGAGGAUAGCGAAAUCCCAUCGACAUCAGCGGGGCCUUCAUCAUCAAUGAAUGAUGUAGCGAAAAUCAUUCCUCCCCCACAGACCGGAUCUAGCAAAAUUGCUACCAGUGCCACUAGCGAUGAAGAUGAAAGCGAUGUGGAUGACGAAGAGGAAGUUGAGCAUAAGCCUGCUGGUCGUGGAGGAAGGGGCGGUGCUAGAGGGAGGGGACGCGGUCGUGGUCGACCCAGCAAAAUUGAAACUCGAGACGCAGGCGACAAUGAAGACACGAGCGAUAAAGAAGAAAACGACAUUGAUGAUAAGCAAGAAAUUGAGCCUCCAAUUGGUCGUGGUCGUGGUGAAUCAAGCAAAAUUGCUACUCGUGACACGAGCGAUAAAGAAGAAAGCGACACGGAUGAUAUGCAAGAAAUUGUGGCUCAGGCUGGUCAUGGUGGAUCAAGCAAAAUUGCUACUCAUGACACAAGCGAUAAAGAAGAAGAUGACAGGGACGAUGAGCAAGAAAUUGUGCGUCAGGCUGGUCGUGGAGGAAAAGGUUCUGCUAGAGGGAAGGGACGCGGUCGCGGUCGUGGGCGAGGUCAAGGUCGACCUAGCAAGAUCGAAACUCUAGAGACAAGCGAUAAAGAGGAAGACGACAUGGAUGAUGAGCAAGAAACUGAGCUUAAGCCUGGUCGUGGAGGAAGGGGCGCUGCUAGAGGGAGGGGACGAGGUCGUGGUAAAUCUAGCAAAAUUGCUACUCGUGACACCAGCGAUGAAGGAGAAAACGACAAGGAUGAUGAGCAAGAAACUGAGCUUAAGCCUGGUCGUGGAGGGAGGGGACGCGGACGACGCGGUCGUGGCCUGGGUCGAUCUAGCAAAACUGAUACUCGUGAGUCAAGCGAUAAAGAAGACGACGACAUGGAUGAUGACCAGGGUAUUAAGCUUCAGCCAAGUCGUGGAGGGAGAGGUGCUGCUAGAGGGAGGGGCCGUGGUCGCGGUCGAGGUCAAGGUCGACCCAGCAAAAUUGAAACUCGAGACGCAAGCGACAAUGAAGACACGAGCGAUAAAGAAGAAAACGAUAUUGAUGAUAAGCAAGAAAUUGAGCCUCAAAUUGGUCGUGGUCGUGGUGAAUCAAGCAAAAUUGCUACUCCUGACACGAGCGAUGAAGAUGAAAGCGAUGUGGAUGAUGAAGAGGAAAUUGAGCAUAAGCCUGGUCGUGGAGGAGAGGGUUCUGCUAGAGGGAGGGGGCGUGGUCGUGGCCGGAAACGUCCUCUUGAAAAAGAACAAUUCCCAACGGAUUUGUUAGCCUAUUUGGACGAAGUAAGGAGAAAUAUGUAUGCUACAGGUGCAGCCGACUGGCUGAUUCGCCAGAUUGAAGAGACCAUCCGGGAAGAAACAGCGUCGUUAGCGAUGUCAUCAUUAGGUCAAGGGGGACCUAGCCAAAUUGAAACUCGAGACACAAGCGACAAUAAAGACAUGAGCGAUAAAGAAGAAAACGACACGGAUGAUAAGCAAGAAAUUGAGCCUCAAAUUGGUCAUGGUCGUGGUGGAUCAAGCAAAAUUGCCGCUCGUGACACGAGCGAUAAAGAAGAAAACGACAUGGACGAUGAGCAAGAAAUUAUGCGUCAGACUGGUCGUGGAGGAAAGGGCGCUGCUAGAGGGAGGGGACGCGGUCGUGGUCGAUCUGGUAAAAUUGCUGCUCGCGCCACAAGCGACAAAGACGAAAGCGAUGUGGAUGAGCAACAUGAGAUUAAGUUUGAGCCUCGUCGUGGAGGGAGAGGUGCUGGAAGAUGGAGGGGGCGUGGUCGUGGUCGUGGCCGGAAACGUCCUCUUGAAGGCGAGCAAAUCCCUCAGCUGGAUGGUGGACUCGAUUCAAAGUUGGAUGCCGAAGACAUGGGUUGUGUCGAUGAAGAGGAAGAAGAACUUAACAAGGCUGCAAUCGAAUACCUAGCCGAACAACGGGAAAAGAUGUAUACUCAGGAUAACUUGAUCAUUUGCCAGUAUGCACAGAUCAUCCGGAGAGGAUCCUCAUGGAAAUUCAUCGUCAAAGAUGGCAUCAUGAAGAUCAACGGAAAAGACUACGUCUUCGGUUUUGGAAAGGGCGAAGCUCCGGAAGUUAAACCGGUUGGAUGGGUGCCUCCGAUUCCGAAGGCGACUGCGCUGGAUAGUCUUCCCGUGGCGGAAGCGGUACCCACGGUCUCGUCAGCAAUGCUCCCAGCCAACUUCGAACUUCCACCCGGCUUUUCUAGUGUUACUUUCCAAAUCUAAUCCCUUUUUCACCCAACUCUGAAAGACCACUAUUUUUAUUAUUUCUUGUGGUCCUAACUUUUAUUUCUUUUACAAUAUGUUACUGAUCCAUUUUGUUUACCGUUUUUCCCACUUUGUUUAACAUUUUGGCAGUAAUUAUAAACAAUGUUUUGUUGAUCUUA